AUGGAAGCUGGAUGGUUUUGUUGUGGUAACGGCGGGGAUUUAGUUGCUUGUAUAUAUUGUGGCGAAGCUCGAGAAAACUGGAUUCCCGAGGACAUUCCGCUUGAAAUACACAAACGUCUGGCUCCCGACUGCUAUUAUUUCCAGUUCGAGUCUCAAAAGUUUCAAUCACCGAACCACGCUGUUGUAAUCAAUGAAAACAAUCCAUCGCUGCUUCGACAAACUACGCGGAAUGGCAUAAUCGCACGAUUUUCGACUUCAAAGUACGCUUUAGUUCCCGAAAGAGUACAAUCAUUCGAAGCGUGGCCACUCCAUGAACCUCGCCCGGAUGUUAAUGAGUUGGUUAGAGCCGGAUUUUUCUAUUCUGGCAGAGAAACAAUAGUACAAUGUUUUUAUUGUAAUGGAGCUUCGGGUUGUGCAGGAGAAAGUGGUAGAGAUGGUGCACCAAGGAGGCACUCCAAUCCAAGCCUAUGUUUGCUGUGUACGCAGGAACAAAAACGUAUAGCUUGUUUACCGUGUGGGCAUCUGGCAUUAUGUGUUGGCUGCGUGUUACUAGUUAACCUGCCGGUCAUCCAGCGUUUAUUAAACAUUAGCAGAAAGGUAUUACAGAAUGGAAGCAAACGACAAGUUGAAUGUUAUUUUUCACAAUCUCAUGCGAUUGACAAUUUAUGUGUUGUAUGUUGUGCGGAAGAAAAAUGUUUAGCUUGUAUGCCCUGUGGACAUUUGUCAACGUGUGUUCCAUGUGGACAUUCAGCUCGGAGUUGUCCAAUCUGUCGUUCAAAGAUUGAAACUUUAGUUAAAAUUUAUCUGUAA